AUGCUCACAUUUCGGCGUGAGCUAUUGCGUUGCACCACGGAAGCAGGACACGUGCUCGCCGUUAAUUCCGACAAUGGAGACAUCCUUUGGCAAAGCAAAGUAGCCUCAGAUAAUCUCUAUGGAAUAGUUGUGCACGAAGACAACAUCGACCCUAGAUGCGUUUCGAGCUCUCUACACAUGAUGGAUGAAGAGGUCCUUCUUACAAGACUGAUGGAUGGUUUCGACGAUAUUGAAUCGCUCGAUGACGACGAAGAAGAUGAAGAGGUAUCAGAGGAAGACGAGGAAGAAAUUGAUGCCGACGAUAAUAUUCACGAAGAACUUUAG